AAGAAUGACAGAGAACCGUUGGUCGUUAGCUAGCUCAAGAAAUUAAAAAGCUCCGUGUCUGGAAUCAUUUUGGGGAUGCAAAUGGAUAUUCAAGUUCGUUUUGGAAGCAUAGCAUCCCACUCCUUCUGCUCUAAAUCAAAUAAGCCGCACUCGUCUUCUUCUUCUUGUUUUCCAUUGAGACCCUUGUGUACUAGAAAAGAUUCACAGCAACCCCAACAAAAUGGUGAUAACAGUAAAGCAUUUUUCAUGCAAAUUUCAGGUGAUAAAUUCUCAACGGAUUGGGAUAAGGCAUGGUCAAGCUUCAGGAAGCAAGGGAAAAAAACUCUCUCCUCACGGUUUAAUCCAAACAAGUAUGUGAGCUGGAAUCCUACACGUUCAAACUAUCCACUGUCUGAGGAGGUUGAUCCCAUAAAGAGAAUUGAACGGUCAAAUCUGAUGUUAUGGACCAGUCCAAGAUUUACUCUAGUUGGGGCCAUUAUAGUAGUCACAUUUCUUCUUCUCUACACGAUUCUUGCUCCGGUCAAGUAAUCUAACUUUAUUUUAUUUCACUCAUAGAAAGCAGGCCUUGCGGUGUUAUGAUCAUUACCAAGAAAUGAAUAUAGGGGAAGGAGUAGUGAAUUGUAAGUGAAUGCAACUAUUUGUUUUCCUCUUUCUCCAGUUGAGUAUACCCAAUAUUUAAGAGCAACUGAGUAUUGUUAAUGGACUAUAAAUUUGCCUAGAAAUAUUCUUAACUAUUCUUAUCUCACAGUGUGAGAUGUAUCUUUAUGAAGGGAAAUUUCUUCCAUA